AUGGAUCUCAAUAGUGCUAGCACUAUUGUUUUGCAAGUCUUGACCCAAGCUACUAGUCAAGAUACUGCAGUGUUGAAGCCAGCGGAGGAACAACUGAAGCAGUGGGAGACACAGCCAGGUUUUUAUUCAGUCUUGUUGAAUAUCUUUACGAAUCAUACACUGGAUGUGAACGUAAGAUGGUUGGCUGUGCUGUACUUCAAAAAUGGAAUUGAUCGCUACUGGAGACGGGUUGCACCACAUGCCCUUUCUGAAGAAGAAAAAACUACAUUGCGUGCUGGACUUAUCACCAAUUUUAAUGAGCCAGUGAAUCAGAUAGCGACUCAGAUCUCUGUGCUGAUUGCUAAAGUUGCCAGAGUGGAUUGCCCAAGGCAGUGGCCAGAACUUAUACCCACUCUCCUAGAAUCUGUGAAGGUCCAGGAUGAUCUUCGACAACAUAGAGCACUACUUACCUUUUAUCACGUUACAAAGACCCUGUCAUCCAAACGGCUUGCUGCAGAUAGGAAACUUUUUUAUGAUCUUGCAUCAGGUAUUUAUAGCUUUGCGUGUUCCUUGUGGAAUCAUCACACCGAUACAUUCUUACAGCAAGUUUGUACAGAGAAUGAAGCUGCAGCCACAAAUUCGUUAGAAAGAGCCUUGUUGUCAUUGAAAGUUCUUCGUAAACUGACAGUCCAUGGGUUUGUAGAACCUCACUGGAAUGUAGAGGUGAUGGGUUUUCUACAUGCAGUAUUUGAACGGCUAAAACAGUUUCUGGAGUGCAGUAGAAGUAUAAAAGCAGAAAACGUAUGCAGAGAUCGUCUAGAAAAGAUUAUAAUUCUGUUCACUAAAGUGCUUUUGGACUUCCUGGAUCAACAUCCUUUUUCAUUUACCUCUUUGAUUCAGAAGUCAUUGGAGUUUGCUGUAAGCUAUGUUUUCACAGAGGCCGGUGAAGGAAUUGUGUUUGAGCGGUUUAUUGUACAGUGCAUGAAUCUCAUUAAGAUGAUUGUAAAAAAUUAUGCUUACAAGACAUCCAAAAAUAUUGAAGAUAGCAGUCCUGAAACUCUUGAAGCACAUAAGAUAAAGACAGCGUUUUUCACAUAUCCAACACUAAUGGAAAUAUGUAGAAGAUUAGUCACUCACUAUUUCCUGCUAACAGAGGAAGAAUUAAUGAUGUGGGAAGAGGACCCAGAAAGCUUCGCUGUAGAAGAGGCGGGAGGAGAUUCUUGGAAGUACAGUCUCAGACCAUGCACAGAAGUUCUUUUUAUUGAUAUUUUCCAUGAAUACAAUCAAACUCUUACCCCUGUGCUUUUAGAAAUGGUUCACAGUCUACAAGGAUCUACCAACAUGGAAGAUACCAAUGCUAUACUGAUUAAAGAUGCAGUGUAUAAUGCGGUUGGACUGGCUGCUUAUGAACUAUUUGAUAGUGUGGAUUUUGAUCAGUGGUUUAAAAAUCAACUAUUAACAGAAUUACAGGUUUCUCAUAACAGGUAA